UUUUAGUAACGCUGCUUCUGUGACAUACACUUAAACUUACCACCAUCUGUGUCCAUUGGAAUAUUUUUUACCUAUGCCUCGCCUGCAAAUCCUACAACACAAAUCAUACCACCCCUAUCUCGAGAAGAACAAGGAACGAGUAAGGCAAGACGAAGCGCGUGCACAGGAAGAGGAAAUAGCCAAAGAACAAAAAAGGGUCGAUAAUGAAGCCGAACACCGACUCACUCUGCUUCGCCGUCGAGCCAAUUCACCGUCAGUCCAUGAUCAACAGGAAGAAGAUCUCCCAUCAACAUCUUCCAGUUACGCGGUCGAUUCAACCCCGGAUCUGUUGGAAAAACACCGCCAAAAGAAGAUAAAGGAGGAGAAAAGGGAAAGGAAGAAACGGGAACGCUUGGAUUUUGAUUUCCCUAGCCAGAGUGAUCGGAGGAGAGAAAAAUCAGAUGUCAUCGACCAUGCGGACUUACAAGAAGGUGGCCAUUUCAAUUUUUUUGCACAAUUUGAAAAAGGAGAAUCGAGCCGUAAACCAGAACUCACUUUGGCUGAGGUAGCUAAAAAGAAAAAGGAGCAGGAGAAAGACCCGUUUACAGUCUAUUUAUCCCGUCCAGAGCGGGAGACAAAUCCUUGGUAUACGGAUCGGGACAUGAAGCGAUACGAAGAAAAGGAGGUUGGAGAGGAAGCUGAAGCGAGGAGAGACAGAGAACGGAGGAAGGAUGCGCGAGCGAAAAGUCGCAAUGACCCUCUGACCAACAUAGAUGCCCUCUUUGCCUCCCAUUCUUCGGCGUCGCGUAAAGGAACAUCCAUUUCAAAGUCUGCAUCUCUCAGCUCUGCAAGAAACUCAAGAAAGGGCGAUGUAAAUCAGUCAGAACGUCAACGAGCUUUGGCGAUGAUGGCAAAGAGCAAGCAGAGAGUAGAGAAUUGGACGGAUACACCAAGCACUGCGUACAGUGGUUCGCAUAACUGGGCGGAUGAUUGGGAGCGCGCGAAAGAUCAGGCUGGAAGACGGUUUUUUGAUCCCAAAUGAUCCGAUUCGGAAAACGUGUAAUACGAUGUUCACAUUGCCUGUAUUAGACAACAUUAUAGUGUAUCUGCAUGUACUGGUUUAUGACAUUUAUAAUGGCUAAAAGACAAAAAAAAGGCAAUGAAUGAUCUUUCUUCCGUG